AAUUUAAAUGACAACUUCAUUCCUAUUGGUCGAAAUCCAAUUGUUUUCGAAUGUCUUAUUUAUUAAUACGUACUUCGAAAGUGUUGUUGAGGCUUUUGUUGAAUACUUUUUAAUAAACGAACGAAAAAAUUCUAAUAAUUUUCAAUCGCUCGAACGGAAAGGUAAGGCAUAAAGGAGAAAAAAAAUUUUGAUUGGUUAUCUAUCAAGAAACGUAUAAAGAUUGGGCAUCUUUCUUUUUAAAGUAUCGUUAAAAUCUCAUAUAUACAUAGUUAUAUGUGAAAAUUUGAUAUACAUAGAGCAAUGCUGAUUGAAGAACAAAUCGGAUUUUCGAUACUAUCUCAGUGUCGUUCAAAUGACUGAUCACUUUUUAUUUGUGUCACCCGAUAUACAGAGAACUUCAUUGUGGUGUCAGCCGAUCCAAAUGUACUGCUACUGUCUCACUUGUUAAAAUGAACUUUCAUCAAAAGAUCAGAAUGAGACAGUUUUAAACAACAUGCAGCGUUUGACGGUAGAAUCGAUUUUCUCUUUGAAUUUCAAUAAAUUUUAUUCUCACGGAUUUUAAUUUGUUUAUCCAAAAAUUUUUAUUUUCAAUAAUCAAUUCUUUCAUUUCGAUUUGUAUUACUGUUCAGACAUAAAAAAUCAAAUUCAAAGUAAAUUCGAUGAUUCGAGUUUCGGUCUUCGAGGAAACGUCAUAUUCAUUUUUAAAAACAUGUUUUACUGCCAUUUCUUGAAGUUAUGCUUCCAUUACUAAUACAACAAACGCGAGUGCAUCCAAUUUUUAAGAUUGAAUAUAAACAUUUCUUAAGUGAUUUGAUGAGAGACUUUGAAAAAGCCCAUAUGGUGAAUGAGAAUGGAGGUAAUAAAUGUAGAUGAGUUUGAUAAGGCUAUAGCUAUUCAAAGUACCAAAACUGAGAAACAUAUCUCAGGACAAGGAGAUGAAUUAUCAAUAAUUAAGUCAGAACUUCAGCCAUUAAAUAAGCGGUAAGCAGUUUUGUUUUCUAUUCCAGUAUUAGUUAGUUUGUAUAAGAACCAAAAGUAUCUUAUCUUGUAGAUACUAAUUAAUUCCACGUGUUCAUCGUUAUCAUUGCAUAAUUUAUAGCUGUAUUUUUUAUGAAACAUAUUUAAAUAAUUUUAACCUUUAUAACAAUAUAGACAGUCAUGUUAACUAUCAGUUGGAAACAAAGCGUGCAUUGGAAAGUAUAGACUGUGUUUCUGUCUCUUAUAAAAAAAAUGUUAUAUACGUUUACUCCAAAAGUAUCAUAUAAAUUUAAUUAAUAUUUUGUUUUCUCGAACAAUUACAAGCGAUUCAUUCAACAUCUUCUUUACUCCGAGUUGGUUUUCUUUGUAUUAAUAACAAUGCAUUGUGAAAUUAAUUGACGAUUAAAACGUACAACGCGUUUAUCGAUCCCGAUUAAAAAUAUUUUGUACUACGACGACGACGACGACGACGACGACGACGAUGAUGAUGAUGAUGAUGAUUUCUUUGUAACGAACAAAGAAGCUAGUAACGGAAAACGUGUAUCGGUCAUAUUCGUCAUAACUAUUGUGCUUCUAAUGAAUAUGUUUUCAAUCAUAUAAUGCCAUCCACUUUCAACGUUCGAGCUUCUUAGUAUCCAUGAUUCGUUAAUUACAAUAUUCACUAUUUGUGCGAACGUGUUAGCAAGUGUUCCGACGUUUAGUAGAAUUUCAGAAUACGGUAGUUCCCCAACGUUGUAUUAUCAAGAUUAAAGUAUCACUUUCGCAAUAGAUUCAACGAUAAAUACCGUUUGUUGUUUAACGUUUACGUUAAGAGAUACACGUUCAUGAAACGUUAAAAAAGAAAAAAGAAAUAUAGAAAAAGCAAUACAAGCAAUAAAGUCUAAGAGAAAAGAAUAAUAAAAUACUAAGGUGAAUCGUUCGAAAAUUCGCGCGUUAUUUCGUUUAUUUGAAUUUGUGAAUAAGAAAAGAAACUUUGAAUAUGCUUGAAUUUAAAAAAAAAUUAUGGCAAUAUAGUCGACUAAAAAACAUUCAAUUAUAUGGGUGAGUAAAAUCGAUCACAAUACACUCUUUAUUUAUUAUUAAAUGCCUAUUUUCAAAUAUUACACAAAUUAUAUAUAUAUAUAUAUAUAAAUAUCCAUUGACAUUCUUUUUAUGCAAGAAUGAUAUUCUUAACAGAUGUUACUUGAUCAUUUUAAUUAAAUAACAGAAUUGAGCUCACUGAAUCGGCCAGUAGUUACAUCUUUAAUAGGCUAAAAAAUAUAUGCGUUCAAAUAUUUGUUAAAUGUUAUUUUAGCAAAAACUAUUGUCAGCAUUUAAUGGUUCGCAUUACCUUGAACUGAUAUAAAUGUUACUAAUAAUAUUUUAAAUACUCGCUUGUUAUCGUCGUUUUUGCCGUUUUCAUUUCGAACUUAAUAGAAAAAAAUAAACAGUUUAUGCUUAACUAAAAAUAUAAUUAUAAUAAUCAAAAUGUCUUGAUUUGAGAAUAUAGAAAUGUCAUUUUGUUUUUCUUUACAAAGAGAUUUCAUAUAAUAUUUAAUACUAUGAAAAAUAAUAUAUUGAAGUUUUUAAUAGAAGAGGAAAAAAAGAAAACCUAACUACUGUUUAAUUUAAAGCGACUUCGUAAUAAUCAAAAUAUCUAGACUAAAAGUAUUAAAAUAUCAUUUUCUUUUUUUUACAAAGAUAUUUCGUAAUGUUUAAUACUUCGAAAAACGAUGUACCGAAGAUUCUUAUAGAAAAAAAUAACAAAAAAAAAGAAAUAAUAAUAAUUGCUUUCGCUUAACUCAACACAUGAUCAUAAUAAACAAAAAAUUUAGAGUAGAAUUAUAAAAAUGUAAUUUUCUUUUUUACAACGAAACUUCAUAAUAUUUUUAAUGUUACGAAAAAUAAUGUCAAUGGUAAUAUCAAAUGCAACACUCCCUUUUUACUUAUGAUCUAUAAAGUUUACUAGUCAGCUUAUUGCAUUUACUUCCUAAUAAAACAUAAUAAUAAUAAUAAUAUAAUAAUAAUAAUAAUAAUAUAAUAUAAUAAUAAUAAUAUAUAUUAUAUAUGUAUUAUAUAAUGUAAUAUAAUAAACAUAGUUGCAUAAAUUAUUUUACUAUAAUAUUAUUACCUAUCAGGUAAUAUAGUAUAUGCUCAGAUCCAUGACAACUGCAUUAAAAUACGUGAUUAUCUUGAUAUAGUUAAUAUGUGAUAUAAAAAGGACAUCGAAAAUAAUAUCUUCGAUAUUAAUAUGGACUUUUUUAGUUAAUAUGAAACUGAAACUUUUCUAGAAUUUUUCUUCGAUCUUAAAAUAUAUGGGAUGCAUUAAAUAAUAUUUUGUGUUAAAUCAUAUUUUCGCAUUAUUAAAUUGUCAUUCAAAUAGUAAGAAAUCUCAAUAAAUAAAAUGUAAAAUAUAUAUGAUAUGUUACAUGUUAUUAUUACCUGAAUAUUAUUAGUGUAAUACUCUUUAUAUCAUUAGUUUACAUUUUAAACAAGCAAACAAAUAAAAAGGAAAAGAAGCAAAAUAAUAUAAUUCCGAGAAAAGAUUUUUAACGCGAAAUUUAUUAGAAAGAUGGCGGUUAUGGAAUACGCAUUGUGGCGACCUCGUUGCGACUGUUACGCCUUCUCUGGCAAGACAUAAAGACAAUAAACACCCUACGAAUCCACAAAAGAAGCCGGCAACAAAAGAAGACUGAAAAAAUCAUCCAUCCUUAGAUCAUAUCCAAAGCUGCCAAAGUUAAUUACUGGUUAAUCUACUGUGUACCUGAUAAAGUUAAAUAAAUAUAUUAUAAUCAUUGCUUGAUUCAUAAAGUUUCUAUUUACAAAGUUUCUAUUUACAAAGUUUUUACUUACAUGAAUAACCCAUAGUAUGCAAAUUGCGAACAUUAUUGUUUCUUCAUGUUUUUAACUUACAAGAAAUUCGCUCGACUGAGUUAAUAUUUAGUGUGUCGAAAAUACGCAUUCAACCGGAACUUUCAGAAUAUGGCACUUUAAUUAUCCUUUAUCCUUGAAUAAAUGCAUGUUUAGAUCUUUUUCUAAAAUGCCAUCAAUAAUCAAGAUUGAUGGAAGUAUAGGGGAAGGCGGUGGACAAGUUUUAAGAUUAGCUGUAUCUUUGAGUGCACUUUAUGGAAUACCUAUUGAGAUUAAUAAUAUAAGAGCAGGCCGAUCUACACCUGGAUUAGCAAGGCAACAUUUAAAAGGAAUAGAAUUAGUGAAAGAUAUGUGUAGUGCAGAAGUUUCUGGAGCAUAUUUAGGAUCAACACAUUUAAAGUUCUAUCCAAAAUCAUUACAUAGAUAUGCAACUGAAUUUGAAGCUGCUCUGCCAACAAAUGGCUCUAUAUGUUUGUUGGCACAAAUUGCAUUACCAUGUGUUCUAUUUCUACCACAAAAAUCUGAUAUUCUAUUAAUUCUUAAAGGAGGCACAAAUGUUACUAUGGCACCACAUAUAGAAUAUCUUACAGAAGUAAUUAGGCCCAUAUUGAAUAAAUUUGGAGCAGAUUUUGAUUUUGUUAUUUUAAAAAGGGGUUAUUAUCCAGACGGAGUAGGUACAGUGCAUUUACGUAUAACACCAAUAAGAAACUUGAAUGCAGUUAACAUAAUUGAUCUUGGUAUACUUCGUAAAAUAUCAGGCUGGGCUUAUGUAACUGGAUAUAUAAGUAUAAAAGAAGCAGAAAAAAUAGCUAUUGAUGCUAAAACUUCCUUAAAUUUUAAAUUAACAAAAAAUAAUGUUGAAGUUCCUCCAAUCAAUAUUGAAUCUUCCAAAGAACACAGACAAACAUAUGGAUCUGGUAUUAAUAUAGUUUGCUCAACAACAACAGGCUGUAUGUUUGGUGGUACUGGUAUGACACUGAAAAUGAGACAGAUGGUAAAACCAGGUAUAUUUGCAGCUAAUGAAGCUUUAGAACCGUUCCUAAAUGGAGCAUGCGUAGAUUAUUAUGCUCAAGAUCAAAUAAUAAUUUUUAUGGCAUUGGCGAAAGGAAUUUCAAGAGUUAAAAUAGGAAACAAGAUUACUUCUCAUACUAAGACUGCCAUGAAAAUUGCAGAAAUAAUGUUAGGCAACCGUGGACUUCGUUUUCAUUUAUUAGAAAGUGGAAGAGUAGGAAAUUCACCUUCCUAUAUUUUAGAAUGUGAAGGAUGCGGAUUGAUCAAUAAUUUCACAGAAUAACAUUAAAAAUAUAUUACGAUAGUAAUUCGUGUUAAAUAUUUAAAAUAAAUGUAUAGUUUGUAAAUUCAUAAUAUUAAUCUUGUUUUUGUCUAAAAAAUGGUUCUAUAGCUCGUAAAACUUCUAAUUCGAAUAAUUCACUAGAAAAUCGACUAACAGAUGCUCUGAAAAAAAGACAUUAAAAUUAAAUAUAAAAUGUAAUAUAACAAUUUACGAAAAAAUGGUGUUCUAAAUAGAUUAACUAUAAUACCUUGCAGCUAGUCUAAUAGUCUUUUUAUCUUCAGGAUGCAUAUUUAUAAUAUGUGCUAUUAUUUUCGCAUAUUCUUCUGCUUCUUCUGCUAAAAAACCAGUUUGACUACCAGGCUGCGUUUCUAUUAUAUCUGCUCUGAAAUAUUACAUUUUUAGUUAAAAAAAAUUAUUUCGAAUAAAUGAAUUCUUUUUCUUUUUCAUAUCAUAAAUUUUAAAACAAAUAUAAUAAUUUCAAUACCUUGGUCCACCAGAAUCAUGAGCUAUCAUAAUUAAUCCAAUAGCCAUGCAUUCUACUAUACUGAUACCAAAAUGUUCGUUCCACAUAGCAUGCAAUCCUAUUGAUGCUUUUUGUAGUUCUGAUACAAGUUCAGAAUAAGGUAUAUUCAAUUUAAAUUCAACAUUUUCAUCCAAAGCAAAAUGUUUAGAUAAGUCUUGCAUGUCUUUUACACGUACUUCAUCUCCUUCAUCUCUACAAGAUCCAAUGAAUACCAAGCGUAUCUAAAAAGAUAAUCAAGAGUUUAUACUAAGAAAUCAUUGAUUUGAUUUUUAUAAAAAACAUUCUAAUUACCUUUUCCCAUACUUCCUCUUUAACUAUCGAUCUUAAUUCAUACAUUGUUCUCAACAUGAGAGGAUGAUUUUUUUCUGGCCUAAAUUGUGCAAUAGAUACUAUUCGAAUUUGACUGUCUUCUUUGGUAUCAUCAAAAAGUGGAAGAGAUGUUAAAUGCUGUACAUUUGUUGGUGGAUAGAUUCUGUGAGUCCGCAAAGGGCAUUUCCAAAUGGCAUUAAUAUGUUCUUCUGUCCAGGAAGAAUUCACCAUUACAAUCUCUGCUGUCCUACCAGCAAGUCCAUAUAACUGCAUGAAUAAUUAUCAUAUUAUCAUUUUAAUAAUGUAAUAUUAAAUGUUUAAUUAUAAAUGUAUAUUUAUAGAUUACUAAAAAUAAGAAUAUUUACCAAUGCAAAUAAUCUAUAAUAAGCAAUUUUCGCAGCUGAUAAAAAUGGAUUUCUUGCGAUUAUACGACGAUUAUUAUGUGAUAUUACACGUUUGUAAACAUGUCUCAACAUAUCCGUUGAAAUUGUAGGAUAAUGGGUGUACGAUGCAACUUUACAACCUCCUAUAUAUCUAAAUAAUGGAUAUGUAAAAGCAUAACCCAUUGUAUCAAUAUAAAUAUCUAAAAUAGAAAUAAAAUGGAUAUUACAAAGUUUAAAUAAAAAAUUUUUUAUUAUAUUGUAA